AUUAGAAAAUUAUGAAAAAUUUCUUCAUAUUCAAUUAGAAUUAUUACCAUCCAAUGAUCUAUUAUUAUCGAGAACCUAUACAACAAUCGCUUUAUUUUAUCGUGAAAUAGAUAAUCGUCAUAAAACAUUAGAAUAUUGUGAAAAGGCACAACAAAUUUUAUUAGAAUCAUCAGAUAAUAAUACAGUAAUAGAAGCAUCAUAUCGAAUUCUUGGAUCAAUUUAUAAUGAAAAUUGUCAAUAUGAUAAAGCCAUAGAAAGUUAUGAAAAACAAUUAGAAAUUCAAAUAAAAUCAUUACCUAUAAAUUAUCAUUCAUUAAUCGAUACAUAUAAGUCUAUCGGAUUGGUUUACGAUAGGAUAAAUGAUUAUAAUAAUGCGAUAAAAAUUUAUGAAAAAAUUCUUAAUAUUCAAUUGCAAUUUUUACCAACGAAUGAACGAUCGUUGAAAUCAACAUACGAACUUCUGGGAUGGUUUUCGUUUAAGAACAAUGAAAAUGAUAAAGCUCUCGAAUAUUAUCAAAAUUUACUUUAUUUUCAAUUACAAACCUUACCUGGAGAUGAUCUAGCAUUAGCAACGACAUAUAGUCGUAUUGCAUUGAUAUAUCGAGAUCAAGAUGAAUAUGAGAAAGCAUUAGAAAAUUAUCAAUAUGAACUUGAUAUUCAAUUAAAAAGAUUACCAUCAAUUCAUCCAUUAAUAGCAGAGACAUAUACUAAUAUGGCAGAUAUUUAUAGUAUAAAAGAGGAAAAAGAUAAAGAAUUGGAAGUUUAUGAAAAAAUACUUGAAAGUCAAAGAAGAUCAUUACCAAGCGAUCAUCCAACGCUAGAACUUACAUAUACACAUAUUGCAACAAUUUAUUAUACAAAAAAUGAAUACGAUAAAGCAUUAAACAUCUAUAAGGAGAUACUUGAAAUUAAACGGCAGUUAUUAUCCUCCAAUGAUUCAUCAUUAGCACUAAUAUAUAGCAAUAUUGCAUCCAUUUAUAGCGAUAAAGGUGAAUAUGAUUUAGCUUUUGAAAACUAUGAAAAAACACUGGAUAUUCAAUUGAAAGUAUUACCAUCAAAUGAUUUAUCAUUAGCAGAUGCAUAUGUCAGUAUGGGAUCUUGUUUUCAUCAGAAAGAUGAUCAUGAUAAAGCAUUAGAAUAUUUUCAAAAAGCAUUGGACAUUCAAUUAAAAUCAUUACCGGCCGAUCAUCUUUCACUUAAUCUAACAUAUAUGUUUUUAUCAUCUACUUACCGUGACAAGUCAGAAAUAGAUGAAAAAAAAGUCCAAUUCGAUUAA